AUGGUUUCUAUGAAGGAGUAUAUCCACCUUAUUGGUGACUCCGUUAAUGAUGCUGACACCGCCAGGUUAGCCGAGGAGGCUGUCAAUGCGCCCUCACUUUUUUUUUAUGGAUCUCUUUUUGAGCUUCAUUCGGUGCAGAAGCUCCGUAGCAAUCCUUCUUUUGCCUGGAUCCCACAGCUGAUGGAGAUCCUUUGCUACGGGAUGGUGGAUGAACUCCAUCUUCUUCCUGGCAGUGCAAAGAAGCAUUUGACGCCAUGUGUUUAUCAGAAGAUGAAUAAGUUAUCUGUUCUCUCUCUAUGCAUUCGCGAUGACACGGGCGGUGUGCUUUUUAUUCGAGAUGUGCAAGGUGCCAUCGGUGCUUCCACACCCUUAGAGGCGGAGGAAUUGCUUAUUGAAAUGAUGUCUGAUGGGUUGUUGCAUGGGCGCAUUGACCAACGCGGCGGCGUAAUGAUCUUGCAGGACUUUGCAGCGCGAGAAGUUCGAAUUGAGGAAGUUGGGAGGCUGCGCGGAAAGCUGGAGACGUGGUGCCGGAACUGCGAUGCUCAAAUUGAAAUGUUGGAAGAAAUGAUGAAGGAGUGA